CGGCAUUAUAACAUAGCGCUACUCAACGCGUACUUGUCAUGAUACCCAACACCUCUGUCAUUGAAUUCCCCAGUCUGAAACGAACACAGAGAUAUGGCGCCAAAGUGAAGACUGGCUGUCGAACGUGCAAAAUUCGACGCGUUAAGUGCGAUGAAAAGAAACCACAAUGCACAAAAUGUACGAGUACAGGCCGCAGAUGCGAUGGCUACAAUCAAGAUGCAAGCUCCCACGCUGUCGUUCCCAGUCAAUCUUCCAGUCUCCAAAGUGCCAUUCCGAUGCUGUCUGGUCUGGGUGACAGUGUUGUCUACCUAGAGUUCUACUAUCACUGUGCUAGUCCAACAUUGGCCAGUGGCUUCGACCGCGAGUUUUGGUCCCGUAUAGUCCUUCAGAUGGCCCAAUCAGAGCCUGCUGUUCGACAUGCUGUAAUCGCAUUGGGUUAUCUUGCUAAGACCCAGACGGGUAGCUUGAGGCAUGCUCGCUCUGUCUCUGUCAUCGACAAGACUCUACUCCUUCAUUACAACAAGGCGGUUCAACAUCUUGUCGCUCGUAUCAGCGACUACUCGUACUCCAUAGAAGUUGGACUUGUUGCUUGUCUGCUAUUCAUCUGCAUCGAGUUUUUGAGAGGCGAUACCCAUUCUGCAUUGAGACACCUUCAAAGCGGACUCAAGAUCAUCGUCGAGCGGCGAGGGAAUCUAGAUACUCAGCAAGUUGGUCCGCUGUGUCCAUCAUCUUCUAUCACAUUAGGGGGGGAAACGGUUGGUCCGCGCAUAAUUUCAGAUAACCUGAUUCCUAUGUUCAUCCGAGCCAUGGGGACUGGGCUCAUGUUCGGCGCACCUUUCGAGCCUGCCCUUGAACCUUUUUGCCCUCGGCCGCAGGGACCCCGAAACCGGCCAUUCACAAGUAUCGUAGAAGCUCAAUCCGCGAUCUAUGAGCUCCGGAAUGCAACCGUAGUGUUGAUCUCGAUCAUUUUCAGAAAGCUUAGUUCAAGAAUUCAACCUUCGAUCAAAGAUUUGCAAUAUCGCGGCUAUCUUCUGACUUGUCAUGAGUCUUGGCUGCUCAACCUGCAGAUCUUUCAAGGGGGUGGGGAGUUAUCGAACGAGGAAAAGGUCAUAGCAAGCUCACUCAAAGUAUCACAUUACUGCACUUACUUGGCCUUGGCAGGCGCUGUCGAUAUCCAUCAAACCAUCUUUGAUGCACAUAUCUCCAACUUCAGAUCCCUGAACUAUCACGCGAAGAUUGUGCUGGACUCCAUGAAUUUAUGCAUCCCAUCAGUACCGUCCGAAUCCUCCGCUACAGCUUCGGGCUCCAGAUACUUAUCUGGCAGAAGAGAAACAACAUUGGCAUCCGCCAGAAGCUACAGGCAGGCAGGCGCUCACUUCACUUUCGAAGCCUCGAUAAUCUUUCCACUGUAUUUCGCGGCCACCCGAUGUCGCUGUCCUAUCACUCGGCGUGCAUCAGUUUCUCUCCUUGAAAGGAAGCCGCCACGAGAAGGUCCCUCGGACGCCCAGCAGAGCGCCGUAGUAGCAAGGCGCGUCAUUGAAGUUGAGGAAAGUGAGGUGGAUGAAAACACAGGGAGGCCAGUGCAAGAGAGUCGGCUUGUGUGUCCGGUAUUCGAGUUCGAUAUGGACAAAAAUGGUGGAUUCUGGGGUAGUUUUACGUCGGUAGCUUGGAUCUUGAGGGGUAGAGAUCCAUUGGAUCCGCUCCGUCGUGUUGGUGAUAGGAAUUCGAUGCAUGUUUGGGGGGAAUGGGACGAAUGGUUCGUGAUGUAGUUGACACAAAGGGCUACAUGUUCUUACUUUUUUCAUGCUUCCCCAUUCGGUUGUAUCUUUUGCACAAUGUCAUAUUCGACUCAAACAGCAGUUGAAUGUUAUAGUUCUAGCUGAUGGGCUUGAGAAGGGUACAUGAAACUGGAUAUUUUAUAUAUUCACUGAAACACAUCAACC